AAACCUUGCCUUCUUCUCCCACGACAAAUCAGGAUGAAACACUGAUUAUAACUGAUGAGGACGGCUACCGUAUAGACACGUUCAAAAUGACAGCACACUCUUUCUCCACUAGUUUGAAACAUUUCAGAAGUCAAAGCGGAGAAAAGACUUUUAAAUGCUCGAGAUGUGAUUACAGAGGUAAAACCAAGUGGUGCCUAAUUAAACACGUGAGAACACACACGGGAGAGAAACCCUUCAAAUGUACCAGAUGUGAUUACAGAUGUGCACAGCAGGUUCAUCUUACUAGGCAUAUCCGAACUCACACAGGAGAGAAACCAUUUAAAUGUUCUCGGUGUAGUGACAGAUUUCGUACUAAGUGGUCCCUAACUACACAUGUCAGAACUCAUACAGGAGAGAAACCCUUCAAAUGUGCCUGGUGUGAUUACAGAUGUAGUGACAAGUCGUCCCUAACUAGCCAUUUAAGAAAUCACACAGGAGAGAAACCGUUCAAAUGUGCCUGGUGUGAUUACAGAUGUAGUGCCAAGUCGUCAUUAACUACCCAUGUCAGAACUCACACGGGAGAGAAACCCUUCAAAUGUGCCUGGUGUGAUUACAGAUGUAGUGCCAAGUCGUCCCUAAUUAGCCAUGUCAAAACUCACACAGGAGAGAAACCCUUCAAAUGUGAAUGGUGUGAUUACAGAUGUAGUGCCAAGUGGUCCAUAACAAGACAUCUUAGAAUUCACACCGGAGAGAAGCCCUUCAAAUGUUCCUUGUGUGAUUACAGAUGUAAUGUCAAGUCGUCCCUAACUAGCCAUCUCAGAACUCAUACAGGAGAGAAACCCUUUAGAUGUGAAUGGUGUGAUUAUAGAUGUAGUGUGCAGAGAAAUCUAACUAGACACGUCAAAACACACACGGGAGAGAAACCCUUCAAAUGUACCAGAUGUGAUUACAGAUGUGCGCGGCAGGUUCAUCUAACUAGGCAUAUCCAAACUCACACAGGAGAGAAAGCAUUUAAAUGUUCGCGGUGUAACUAUAGUUCUAAUUAUAAAGGUAAUUUACAUAAACACAUUAGAAUUCACUCUGAAGAGAAGCCAUACGAGUGUAACCUCUGUGAUUACAGAGGUAGAGGUAAGUCCGCUCUGAGUAAACACGUCAGAACUCACACCGGAGAGAAACCCUUCAGAUGUGCCUUGUGUGAUUACAGAUGUAGUGCCAAGUCGUCCCUAACUAGCCAUCUGAGAACCCACACAGGAGAGAAAACCUUUAAAUGCGCCUGGUGCAAUGACAGAUUUAGUUGUCAGAGUGAUUUAACUAGACACGUCAAAACACACACGGGAGAGAAACCAUUCAAAUGUACCAGAUGUGAUUACAGAUGUGCACGGCAGGUUCAUCUAACUAGGCAUAUCCGAACUCACACAGGAGAGAAACCAUUUAAAUGCUUUCGGUGUAAUUACAUUUCUAAUGAUAAGGGUAACUUAGAUAAACACAUGAGAAUUCACUCUAAAGAGAAGCCAUACAAGUGUACCUUGUGUGAUUACAGAGGUAGAGGUAAGUCAGCUCUGAACAAACACGUCAGAACUCAUACAAGAGAGCACGCCUUUAAAUGUACCUUGUGUGAUUACAGUUGUAAUCGGAGAGAUUAUCUGAAGAACCACAUGAUAGCUCACAAAGGAGAAAAACCUUUCAAAUGCACCUGGUGUGAUUACAGGUGUAGUAAACGAGAUUAUCUAACUAAACAUGUCAGAACUCACACAGGACAGAAACAAUUUCUGUGUAGCCAUUGUGGUCACAGGUGUAGUGACAGACAUGCUCUAGAGGUGCAUACUAGAACUCACACAGGAGAGAAACCCUUCAAAUGUGCCUGGGUGUGAUUACAGAUGUUGUAGCAAGUCAUCCCUAACUCUCCACACCAGAUCUCACACACGAGAGAAACCCUAGAAAUGUGUUUUGUGUAAUAACAGUAUGAUUACAGAUGGAAAAUAUCCCUAACUACCCUGUCAGAAUUCACACUGGAGAGAAACUCGCACAGGAGAGAAACCCUUCAAAUGUACGUGGUGUGAUUACAGAUGUAGUAACAAUUCGGCUCUGUGUUAGCAUGUCAAAACGCACGCGGAAGAGAACACUAUCAAAUGUACGUGGUGAGAUUACAGAUGUAGUAACAAUUCGGCUCGGGAUGAACAUGUCAAAACGCGCGCGGAAGAGAACACUAUCAAAUGUACGUGGUGAGAUUACAGAUGUAGUAACAAUUCGGCUCUGGGUGAAAUUGUCAAAACGCGGGCGGGAGAGAACGCUAUAUAUUGUACCUGAUGUGUUUACAGAUUUAGUAAGAAUUUGGCUAUGGGUGCACGUGUCAAAACGCACGCGGAGGAGAAUGCUAUAUAUUGUACCUGAUGUGACUACAGAUUUAGUAAGAAUUUGGCUGUGGGUGCACGUGUCAAAACGCACGCGGAGGAGAAUGCUAUCUAUUGUACCUGAUGUGACUACAGAUUUAGUAAGAAUUUGGUUGUGGGUGCACGUGUCAAAACGCACGCGGAGGAGAAUACUAUCUAUUGUACCUGAUGUGACUACAAAUUUAGUAAGAAUUUGGCUGUGGGUGCACGUGUCAAAACGCACGCGGAGGAGAAUGCUAUCUAUUGUACCUGAUGUGACUACAGAUUUAGUAAGAAUUUGGCUGUGGGUGCACGUGUCAAAACGCACGCGGAGGAGAAUACUAUCUAAUGUACUUGGUGUGAUUACGCACAUUAGAAAGAAACGCCUUUUUUGCCUCGUUAUUCGAUUGCAGAUGAAGUCGGCGAAGAUGAUGUACAUGUUAGAACUCACACAACAGAGAAGCGAUUCCAGUGUAUGUUGUGUGUUUACAGAUGUAAUAGGAAAUGUUCUCUGACCAAACAACACAAGGUGCGGAGUUCAAAUGGGACCUUUUGGCAGGCAAAGUGUGGACUCCCCAGCUCUCACUGAUUGUUGGUUGUUGUCACUAUGAGCGGUCGCCGAUGAUCCUGUCACUGUUUGAGCAAUCCAAUGUGCGUUAAAGACUGAAGUAUGAAGUUGUGUCAAUAACAUGUUAAAGGUCAGAGCUUUACGCCUUUACCAAAAAAAAAAAAAAACCUGAGCGCCAUCGUAUACGUGAAAUAUUUAUGAGUAUGUCGUUAAAGAACAAUCGGAUAAAUAAAUAAUUAUAGAGGCGAUUGUACUAAACGUGUCAAAGUUCACCUAGGGUGAUAACAGACGUAAAACCACUGACCGUUGGCGAAAGUUGA